CAGAGCACCAUUGGCUGAGAAAUCAUGCGUGUCGCGGGGAAGACGGCGAACCAGUAAACAGCUGAUCGAACACUUAAACUAGUGUCAGUGACUCGCUGUCGUCGGCUGCGGUCUGAUCACUUCCAACUGCCUCUUUUGGACUGAUCCUGGGUCUGAAUUCGUUGGUUUCUCUCUCUCUUUUUUUUUUUUUUUUCUCGUCUUCUGUGUUUACCGGCUGGAGCUGUCCGCGGUGCUGAAACAUGAACCAAAGCGCAGGAGCAGCGCAGCACACACGGAGAUACUCAUCAGAUGUAAAGGACAUUGGACCUAUCGGGGGGGACAGGAACUGGAAGGGGAUCGGUAUCUCUCUGCUGGUGAUCCUAGUGGUGCUCUCGCUCAUCGGACUGUCCAUUGUUCUUCUGUCCAAAGAUGAUGGUGGGAAAACCUCUCUAUUGCAGUUGACAGUGGAUGAUCUCUUUGACAGAAACUUUCAAAUACACGAUCCAGAUGCAAAGUGGAUCAGUGGAGGAAAUCAUUUUAAGAACUGGGAUGGAGACAUUUUGAAAAUCAACUCACACAGCAACGAGACCAGUCUUCUGCUGAAAACAAGACUUUUUGCAACUUUUAAAGCUUCAAAGUUUGCUGUUUCUCCAGAUCUGAACUUUGUUCUUCUGGGAUAUGACAUCAAGCAGGUGUACCAGCACUCUUUCCUGGCAUCAUACUUGAUCUAUAACCUGUACACAAGAGAGGUGCGGGAGCUGAAUCCUCCAGAGGUGUCUGAUUCAGUCCUCCAGUUUGCCUCAUGGGGCGUUCACGGACAGCAGCUGUUAUACAUAUUUGAGAACAACAUUUAUUACCAAACAGAUGUCCAUAGCAGUUCGUGGAGGCUCACAUCUUCUGGACAGGAGGGGGUCGUCUUUAAUGGCAUCACAGACUGGCUUUAUGAAGAGGAGGUGCUGCACACACAGGUGGCUCAUUGGUGGUCACCUGAUGGCUCCAGACUGGCCUACCUGACCAUCAACAGCUCAGAGGUCCCCAACAUGUUCCUGCCUCGCUUCACAGGCUCUCUCUACCCCCGGGGGAAGGAGUACCCUUACCCAAAGAUGGGACAAGCGAAUCCUACCAUCACCCUCUCUGUUGUCACUUUAGACGGCAGCUUCCGGACGACUGAACUGGGACCGCCUGAUAGUUUUGAAAGGAAUGAGUUCUAUAUCACCAUGGUGAAAUGGGUGACAGACGAGAAACUGGCGGCGCGUUGGGUGAACCGAGCUCAGAAUAUGUCAAUUCUUUCAUUAUGUGAUGCCACCACAGGGGAUUGCAUAAAGAAACAUGUGAUGACUUCAGAGAAGUGGCUUGAUCGUCAGAAUGAGGAGCCAGUAUUUUCCAAGGACUGCACAGUUUUCUUCAUCACGAUGCCCCUGAAACACGGAGACCGUGGGACGUUCAGCCACAUCACUAUGAUCUCCAACAAAUCAGAGGGUGAAGAGGUCAACCUUCGCCAUUUGACCUCAGGGAGCUGGGAGGUCACUCAAAUCCUAGCCUACGAUGAGAGCACACACUCACUUUAUUUCCUGAGCACAGAGAGCGGCUCGACUCAACGACAGCUGUACAGGGUCUCCACCGUGGAUCCAUUUCAUAAAGAAUGCCUGACCUGUUCACUACUCAGAUCCAAGUGUACCUUCUACGAUGCUCUCCUCAGCCCAAACUAUGACCAUGUCCUGCUCAACUGCAGAGGUCCUGGAAUACCUCAAACUACUCUUCACAAACUUCAUAACAUGAACAAGCUCAAGACUUUGGACCAGAAUGCAGAAUUAAAACAUUCACUCAUUAACAGGACAGUACCCAAGAGUGAAAGAAGAACCAUACAGAUCAACAAUUUUGCUUUUCGACUGGAAUUAACGGUCCCAGUGGAUAUGGAUGAAACAAAGGCGCAUCCCCUUCUACUGAUCCUCGAUAGCGCCCCCGGUGGUCAGGCUGUGAGUGACCGUUUUACUCUCAGCUGGGACUCUGUGCUGGUCAGCUCCGACAAUGUCAUCGUGGCUCGUCUGGAUGGGCGGGGCAGCGGCUUCCAGGGCCAGAGGAUCCUCCAUGAGGUUCAUCAGAGACUGGGGACGGUUGAUGUUCAGGACCAGAUCAAAGUUCUGGAACACUUGAUCAGACUACCGUAUAUUGAUGGCAACAGAGUUGGCGUAUAUGGAAAGGCCUACGGAGGCUUCCUCUGCUCCGUUCUACUCCUCUCCUACAGCUCGAUGUUCAAGUGUGGCGUUGCUGUUGCUCCUAUAACGAACUGGAGACUCUACGGGUCAGCCGUCACAGAGAAAUACUUUGGACCUCCAGUGAACGACGAUCACAAAUACCAAAUUUCCAGUCUGCUCAGUAACAUCACAAAGCCCAGUCCACUCAGCUUUCUCAUUCUCCACAGCACAGCAGACGCCACUGUUCAUUUCCAGCAUUCUGCUGAGCUGGUCAAGCUGCUGUCUGCUUUAAAUGUUAACUACACUCUCCAGAUAUUCCCAGAUGAAGGCCACAACAUCGUCGCAGUUAAGAGUCAACACUACAUGCUGAAUUCAGUGCUGACCUUCUUCAAGCACUGCUUUGAGGAGGACCCCACCGACAUCCCCCAGACCUCUAAAGAAGAAGAGUAGAGUGGAGAGCCCCCCCCCCCCCCGAACCCCCUGCAUCUAUGAGCCAACAGACAGAGGCUGAAUGUGUCGGAGUGAAGGGGCUGAAAGCAACAGGAAGAGCAUCAGUUCAGAACGCCUCCAGAUCUACAAAUGUGUAAGAUAAGCAUCAUGGGAGAACAGGCAGCACCAUCCAGUCAGAGUGUUUAGAACGUGACGGAGUGUUAUUAUGUAUGACAGGGUAUUAAGGAAACACUGAGGGAAGAGGAGCUGCUAUUUCAGUGAGAAUAUUACAAGAAUUAAAUAAUGUUACUAGAAUAAAGUCAUAACAUAGACUCUAUAUGAGUGUUUCUUAAAGGAAAUUAAGAAAUUAUGAAGUUUAAUGAAUGAAAUACUAAGAUCAGUAACAAAUACAGAAUUUAUCACAUGUAAAAAAGCAGCUGCUGGAGUCAGAAUGCUGCGUUCAGGGCAGCUUGGAAUAUUGCCAACUUUAAUAAUAUCAAACCGUUUUCCCACCCUGGAUUUUUUUUAUUUUUAUUUUAUUUUAAUUUUUCCAUAAUAUUCCAACUUUUUUUCAUCUAAUAUUACACCUCAAAAAUGGUCAAAAUUGCAGUUCCUCCCGAACUUUUUUUUUUUUUCUCAAAAUAACACUUUAUACUCCUAACAAUAAGAUGCAUUCAUUGUAAUAUUAUAACUUUAUUCUUGUAAUAUUAUGACACAAGGACUUUUUUUUCUUGAAAUAUUAAUUUAUUCUUAUAGUUCUAGGAUUUCUCUCACAGAAUAUUGCAACUUUAAUUCUGUGACAUAUAAUAUUAAUUAAAUAUAUAAUUUUAUGACAUUUUACAUGAAAUAUUACAGCUUUAUUUUGACAUGACAUAGUUUGACAUUUUUUCUACUUCAUAUUAUGACUAUAUUCUUAAAUAUCAGACCUUUUUCAUCCUCACUGUGGCCCUAAUGCUCCUCUGUAAUUGUGAGUGUAAUCUAUUACUUCAGAUUCGAAUUCAUGGUUGUUACGUUUGUAUAAACUACUAAAUACAAAUGUCAGGGAAUCAAAGAAAUUUGUAUUUUUACAAUUUAGUAUAGCUUUUUUUUCCUGGACUGCUCUACUCUACUGUGAAUAUUUGUAUUUAGUGAUGUUCCUCCAUUUAUUAGAUCAUAUCAUAGAACUGUUUUGCAGGUGCCUUUAUCUAAUUCUAUUUAUUGACACGAACAUUGAGUCAAAUACAGUGUUUAUAGCAUCUACAAAAUAGUCUUUACAUGAUUCACAUGAUACUUAACUGUAUUCUACUGAGAAUUAUGCUCACAUUUAACAAACAGCUUUCAUUUUUCU